AUGAGCAAGCUAAACUACUAUGAAUUGCUUGGAUAACUUUAUUCUAAGGGGGACUCUUAGGCACUUCCUUUUAGUUAUGAUAAUACUGCUACAUAGAAUAGAGAGUUAUCAAAUUAAUAGUAUAUUGCAUCUCAAAAUUCAAUAAUAGUUGAAAAUGAUAAAUUAAAUACUAUAGGAUUUAGCAACGCAUUUCAAUUUUAAAUUCCAAGACUCUUAGAUCUGGAUGAUUUACUUUAAUCAGGUAGAGUAUAUGAAGAUGAUUCACGCUAAUCAAUAAUUUCUUAAGUUUAAACAAGAAAUUAAAGGAAUAAUAAUAAAGUAUCUAAAUCUGAGUAAAAAUAAAAUAAAUCGAAGAAAAAGGUUGAAUAAGUUUAAAAGAGGGAAAAAAAUAUUCAUUUGGGUACUCAAUGUUAAUAGUUACAGUUUCCAAGUUCAAGUCUUCGUCCUAGAUAUGUGAAAAUUUAUUAAAGAAAUGAUGAAUUAUGUAUAAAAAGAUUUUAGUUAGUUUAAUUGCUUUUUGAUGAACUGUCUUAAAUAUAUCCUCAGUGUACUGAUUGGGAUGUAAUUCAAUUAUUAGAUUUGUCCAAUAAAAGUUUUGACACGGCAUUUAAAUUAUUAAAAGAAAGUAGUUAUUUCGUAUAAUACUAUCUAUAAGGUAAAUAAUAAUUCGUGAACAAUUAGUAUAAUCCUUAACCAAUGUUGAUAGAAAUGGGUUAGAAAAUAGAUGGAAGAAAAAAUGA